AUGGACUCGGUCGUCGCCGCGGCCAGCACCGCCUGGCGCUCGGCGCGGCUCGUGUACCGGCCGUUCGACGCGCAGGACGAGGAGCUGCAGGCGUGGAUGCACGAGCACGUGUCCAACGACCCGGUCGUCGAGGCGCUCUCGACGGGCGACCUGCUGCGGCCGCAGACGCGCAAGCAGAGCGCCGCGUACGUGGAUGCCAUUGCGGGGUGUCUGAUCGCCGUGGUGGUGUGCCUCCGGGAGGACGAUGACGAUGUCGAGAACGAAGGUGUCGAGAAGGAGGAGAGGAAACUUCCCUCUGGCGAUGAGCCAAAGACCGCAUCAGCAGCAACCGGCUACAAUGACGUCCCCAACAACACCACCACUGGCAAGAGCAGCAGCAGCAAGUCCCACCACCCUCGGCGCAUCGGCUUCGCAGCCCUCCACGCCACCGCGCCGUCCGCGCCGCACCACCGGUCCGCCGACGUGGCGCUCUGCCUGGUCGCGGGCGCGCAGGGCCGGGGCGGGCUGGGCGGCGAGGCGCUCGCGUGGCUCGUGGACUGGGGGUUCCGGCACGGGGGGCUGCACCGCGUGGGCCUGCAGGCGGCGGCGUACAACGAGCGCGCGCUGGCGCUGUACCGGCGGGCGGGCUUCGUCGAGGAGGGGCGGCUGCGCGGGAGGGUGCGCUUCGACAGGCGGUGGUGGGACCUGGUGGCCAUGGGGAUGCUGGAGGAGGAGUGGGAGGCGCGGCGAGAUGAAGCAUGA